AUGGAUUCAAAAUUGUUGAUUAUUGAAUUUCGAGAAGUUUAUCUACCUUGGGCUUCAGAUCCUAUGAAGACAACUAUACGCGUGAAUGUAAAUGGAAAGGCCAGCACUUUGAUGUAUCAAAAUUCUAUAGAAGUUCAAUUAGCUUCUCUUUCAGGAGAUAUUCAAAUACAUAUUGUUAUUCAAAGUGAAAAUUUAGCAUUAGGAAGUUUGAGCUUUAGCUUAGGACAGCUAUUUAAAGACAAUUUUACCAAAGAAGCAGAACAGUUAAUAAAAGUUGAAAUUCCUAUUGAAAUUGUUAGAAUUAAGCUCCCUAAAGAUGUUAAGCAAGGAAUUGCAAGAGUUAGGCUAGGAGCAGUAAUAUAUGAUUCCAAACCAAGAGAAGUGGAAAAUAAAAAAAUUGUUGAGGAAAUUGUUUUACAGUCAAAAGAAGUGGAGAAUGCUGGAGAAAUAGAAGUUAAAAAUCAAGAAAAAGAUGAGGAGGCGAUGUUUAUUAAAAGUGCUUCAAGAGGUUAUAUAGCUAGAAAAUGGUUUAAUGAAGAAAAGAAAAAAACUGAAGAUUCUCAUAUUCUUAUACAAUCUGCAGCUCGUGGAUAUGUAGAAAGAAAAAGUAUAACUGCAGAAGAACCUCAAGGAGAAAGUUCCCCAAAAAGCCCAGUUUUAUUGCAGUCUGUGUUUCGGUCAUACUUAUCACGCAAAAAAACCCAGCCAAAAACUGAAGAAAAUCCUGCUGAAGAGGUCCAAGUAACAGCUGAUCAAAAACAAACAGAAAAAACAGAAGAAGGAGAAAGCUCGCUAAAAAGCUCAGAUUUGUUGCAAUCUGUUUCUGAGCCAUAUUUAUCACAUAAUGAGAAUAAGCCAACUGAAGAAAAUAAAGAAGUAGCAGAAUCUGAAGGAAUUGCAGAUCAAAAUCUAGAAGAAAAUGAAGAAAAAAGCCCCAUUUUAAUACAAUCAGUUUGCCGUGGAUAUUUACAAAGGAAAAAAGUUCCUGAAAGAGCUGCACCAGUUGUUGAAGAUUUAUGCAUUAAAUCUGCAGCAAGAGGAUAUUUAAUAAGGAAAAAUCUGAACCAGUCAAAAAAAAAACCGAGACCACCUUUAUUGAAUGUUGAUGGAAAAAUAAGUGGAAGUGAAAACUCAUAUUUAGGACAAAUAAAACAAUCAGAAUAUUAUUAUAAAUUUGCUUCAAAUAUUUUAGACAAACUAAGGGCUGAGCUUGGGCCUUCAUUUGCAAGAAUUCUUGAAGAAGCUACAUCAUUAGGCUCAAAAAGUCCUACAAAAUCCCCCGUUCGAGGUAGCUCUCGAUCCGGUACUCGUUCACCUUCAAAAUCUCCUUACAAGCAAACAACAAAAUCAUCAUUUUCAUCAUUCGCUGAUGAAGAAGAAACUUAUAUAGAAAUCCCUAGCAAGCGUGAUAUAGCUGUUGCCCGAUGAUGGCGCUCAAUGCGCCAUCAUCGGGCAACAUUAGACAAGGGUCCACAGUGGAAAUGGAUUACACGUGUGGAGCCCUUUUUAACACACGUGGAGAAUCCUCAUUUCCACGAGCCAAAAAGGACUCCACACGUGGAACCCAUUUCACGUGUGGACCCUUGUUUGGCGUUGCCCGAUGAUGGCGCAUUGAGCGCGAUCAUCGGGCAACUGCUAUAUUUUCCUUGAAAAAAUAUCUGGGAAAAAUCCACAGUCACUGGUUUUAGCUAUUAUUGGACUCAUUGCAAAAAGAAAUUUAUUUGAUAUUCAAGCUUUUGAGACAACAGCAAUGAAAGAGCUUCUAGAGGCAAAAGAUAAAGCUAUUGAAUUACUAGAUAAUUCAAUGAAAGAAACUCAUGAACAAAUCGCUGCAGAAGUAGAAGACUUAAAUGAAAUCGAAAAAGCAUUAAAAGAGGAUAUUGAUAAAAUGCAAAAAGCAAUUAUUGUUCAUAAAAAUAAGUCGGAAGAACUGAAUAAUAGAAAAAAAUUAUUGAAGAUUGAGAUUGAAAAAUUGAAAGAAAGUAAAAUCGAAAACAUUUCAGGAAUUGAAAAGGAAAAUAUAGAAAAUUUAAAAAUUGAGCUAAAUUAUUAUGAAAAACAAAGGGUUGAUAUUGAGAAUAAAUUAAACCAAAAUGUGAGAGAGUUUAGCCAUAAUCUUGAAGAAUUAAUGAAUGAAAGCAACAAGCUGAUAGUAGAAAAAGAAGAAAUAGGAGAAAAUUUAGAAAAAUCCAAAAAGGAAUUAAAUGCAGCUAAAAGAGAUCAAGAAAGACUCCUAAAUGAAAUUAAAAGACUAGAAGGCUUUAUUGGGAUAGAAAAUGAGCAAAAUUCUGUGAAAAUUUUAUAUGACAAACUAUCAUCAUCUCAUGUGCAAGCAUUAGAAAAAUUAAAUUCUUCAAUAAACUCAUUAAAACUACAAAAAGAAGAAAUAAACAGCAACUGCUUGAUGCUUCACCAGAAAAUCGAGUCUGAUAUUAAAAAAUAUUCAAAUUCCCAACUCUCUUACAACAAAAAAAUAGAGGAUUAUAACGCUAUAAUCUCUACUUUAAACCAAAACUUGCAUAAACUUAAAAUUUAUAUUGACCAGCUUGAAGAAAUCUACAAUAAAAAGGCUAGCAUUGACCAUCACUUUGAUACUCUAUUAAAAAAUUAUGAACAAAAUUUAGAAGUCAAGGAUGCUCUCACAGAAGAGCUUUCCCAUUUUUCUGAUUUUAUGUUUGCGCUUUCACAGUCAUUUUUAAAGGAGCAUAGGAUUUAUAAAAGUUUACAAUUAAUCCUUGAAGAAAAAAAUUAUGAGUUAAAAUCUAUGAGACUUGUUGUAGCUGAAGUUAAGCAAAGUAAUCCAGUUUAUUUUCCUGUUAAAGGUGAUGAAAUUGAUGAAGCACUUGCAGAAUAUCUCAAUUCAAGAGACCAAAUAAUACAAUUGCCAUUUAUAAGAGAAACAUCUGGGAAUUAUUACUAUGGAACGAGAAGAGCUCUUAUUAAAUUUGAAAGAGGUAAAUUAAGUGUAAAAGUUGGGGGAGGAUUUUUACCAAUUGACGAGUUUAUUGAAGCUUAUACAGAAGUAGAAUUAGAAAAAUUCCAUAUGAGGAAUUUAGGGACAAGUCCCAGAAUGAAGAAGUUUUUUUUUACUCCCCCCCCCCCUCCGUGAGCGAACAAAAAAAUUUUGUUCACUCACGGAGGGGGGUUAAUUUUUUUUUUUAAAAAAAAUUUUAUAUAUAAAUUUUAUAAAAAAUAUUUUUUUCGAAAUUUAAAAAAAUCCUAAUUUGCAAAAAUUGGGAAGCAAAUAUUAAUUUAAUUUGCAAAAUUUAUGUUUUUAAAACGCAAUUUGUUUAAAAUUAAACAGAAUUAGCUCUAGAUUUCAUUAUACUAAUUAUCACUUAUAUAUCAAAUUUUUUUUUCCAUUAAAAUUUUUUCUAUUAAAAAAAUUUUUGUUCACUCACGGAGGGUGGGUUUUUGGUCAAAAAAUGGCGAUUUUUCUAAUGGUUUUGUUCGCUCACGGAGGGGGGGGGGGAGUUAGGAAAAUGGGCUGGAGGUAUAUUAAAAGAUGAGCAAGGCUCCCCAGAAGAAUUAAGGGAAAACUUAGUUCGAGCUGCAGAAAAACAAGCAUUUAUUUCAAUUUAUGGCGUGAAAAGCGAAAGAAUCAGCAACUCUCCAUCACCCAAAAAGUCAACUGAAGAAUUUUCUAUUUAA